GGUUCCCCUGUGUUAACAUAUCAGUAUCAGUUUACCAACUUCAGAUAACUUGCGUCUGCAUAAACCGAUGUAAAAUUCAACCAUGUUUGUUAAUUAUAUAUUUGUGAGUGAAUUGUUUAUGUUUUUUACAGUCAAUGGCCAAGCAUGCGAGAAACUUGUUUCAUUACCAGCCACACAACCCGUGUUAAGGUACGAUUUCAACUAUACAAUACAGGAUGUAAUUAUUGAACUUGUAAACCCUAACAACAACCCUAUCUUCCGAGUCAGUUGCUUUGAGACAUGCUCCAGUGCCGAGUACCUGAACAGCACCCUCGCCUCUACUGGCGACAUCACCACAGGAAAGUUUCACAUCAAGCUCGAUAGUUUCGGAGAUGGACAGCAAGGAAACUACAGAUUUAGGGCCCCUGGAUGGGAAAAGGUGGUGUCGAAAUGCAUCAAUUUGUAUAUGUUAGGUACGCCCAGUCCGUCAACCAUAAGCGCCAACAGUGAGCCGUACGAAGGCGGAACAGUGAAAUUGACAUGCCAUAGUAUAUCUACAACCGAUCCCCCGGGACACGAUCUGGUUAUGAGUUACACUUGGACUAAGGAUGGCACAAAUUUGACAUCAGGAGGGAGAUUCAUCUUGCUGCCCAAUACAGCCGCUACGUUGACCCUCAACGAUGUUCAACGAAGUGAUGAGCUAUCACAGUUCACGUGUAUGGCUACGGAGGAAAUGGGCCUGGUAUCUGACAGCAGCGCGGCCUUCCAUAUCACCGUUUAUUAUGGUCCCGACAAUAUCGCCUUCAACUCAACCGGUGUUUCUCUGGCCCUCAGUGAUGGGGAUAGGUUUUCUCCGGUAGCGUGUCUGGCAGACUGUAAGCCUUCCUGCACAUUCAGAUGGACGAAGGGUCAAAUUUAUGUGACCUCCUCGGCGGUCCUUGACAUCGGUAUCGUUGGUAGUGAUGACCAGGGUAUAUACACUUGUACUGGUACACAUUCCAUCUAUACGACCUAUACCAACACCAAGAACUACUCAGUCAUCGUUUUAUAUGGUCCUAGCACAAUUACCCUAUCUCCUUCUACAACCUCCUAUGAGAAGAAACUGGAUGACACUCUAGGAGACAUCAUCUGCUCUGCAAUUUGUCAUCCGGAAUGUGAGUACACUUGGUCGAAGGUCGGCACUACUGGAACGGUACGGACGAAUGCAAUCUUAAAUCUUGGUCAGCUAACAAGACAAGAGGCAGGGUCGUACAUAUGUACUGCUACAAAUCCGAGCUCAUCAACAACACGAACUGGUCCCACUGUGGUUGUGGAAGUCAUAUAUGGUCCUAGCAUAGUGUCCAUAUACCCUUCUACAACCUCGUAUACGAAGCCAGAGGGUGACACUCUAGGAGACAUAACCUGCUCUGCAGUUUGUCAUCCGGAAUGUGUGUACACUUGGUCGAAGGUCGGCACUUCUAGAACGGAACGGAACAAUACAAUCCUAAAUCUUGGUCAGUUAACAAGACAAGAGGCAGGGUCGUACAUCUGUACUGCUACAAACCCGAGCUCAUCUACAACACGAAAUAGUUCCACUGUGGUUGUCAAUGUCAUAUUCGGCCCGAAUACUUCGUUAAUAAACCCAUCUAAUGUGAACUACACGAUAAACGAGAAUCAACCUAUCAUCACGAUAGUUUGUAGUGCCAGCUGCUAUCCAACCUGCACAUAUAGCUGGAGAAAGACGACACCCACCCAUUCCUUCGCGUCUAACAAUCACAACCUGGCACUUGGUGAGGUCACUAGGGAUGACGCGGGAACCUACCAGUGUGAGGCAACAAAUCCUACAUCUAAUGAAACAGCUACCAGUGUAGUGGUGAACAUCAACGUCAGGUAUGGACCAGAUACAGCCGUAUUGGGCGUACCCGCGAAGUACACAGCGUCGGAAGGCGACACUCUCCUGAACGUUACCUGCUCGUCUGUUUGCUGGCCUGGCUGUUCAUACACCUGGAGAAAUGUGACAAACAACGCUAUCAUGUCUUGGAAUAGAAGUCUGACGUUUGGUCCAGUCGACCGCUACAUGGCAGACACAUACAGAUGUGAUGUUGCCAAUAUCUACACGGCCUACAAUAAAACAACUCGAAGUGAAUUGCAGCUUCUUGUACAAUAUGCGCCUGACGUGUCAAUCGUUCUAUCGGCGUCAUCACUGACAGAAGGUUCACCGCUGAUCCUCACUUGCUCAGCCAAUGGUUAUCCUUCCCAGUAUACUUAUACUGGCUUUAAUCAGACGUUCGGAACAACUACAAUACCAAACGACAACACGGAAGAAGCAGGUGUCCGUGAUAAUAUUUCUGUGAGGAUUGCUUCUCUGGCACUGCAGGACACGGGGCUUUAUACUUGCACGGUGCAUAAUAAUGUCAAGGACAUCAGUGAUAAUUUGAUUCAGUCUGAUUCGACACAGAUAGAUGUUAAAGUUAAACCACAAACAUUUCUUGCCGAGGACCGUUUUGCAGCACCAACAGGAGGCCAGGUCAACAUCUCAGUACCGAUAUAUAGCAAUCCUGUAUUCAGUGAUUAUGGCUAUUAUCGAUAUGAUGGCUAUCACGUGAAGGAAGAUGACAAGUACGAAUUCACUCAAAUAAAUGCUUUAAUCCAAACGCAGUUCUAUGGAAGAUCUGUUACUCUCCAAGGACUUGUGGUCCAAAUGACUAUUCAGAAUCUAACUGAAGUUGAUUUUGGACUAUACACGUUUUGGAUAAAAAACGAAAUUGGAAACACGUCUGUUGCAGUUAACGUGAGUGCAAGAAGUAUACCUUCACAACCAACGCAGUUAAAUGUAACUGUUAAUAAAAAUACGCCAAUUUUUGAAUGGAGGAAAGGUUUUAAUGGAGGCUUUGUUCAAACAUUUUUGCUGCAAACAUUAUCAACAUCGGAUACACUGAAGUGGACCAAUCGAACUUCUAUUUUAGAAACUGAUAACACUUACAUCGGCGAUACAGGAUUAUAUCGGGUCAAUAUUACAGAAUUUGAAUCGGGACAUUUUGAUGCCAGACUAAUUGCAUACAACGAACUCGGAAAUGCGGAUCCUGCCCAUUUUCAACCAUUCGAUGUCAUUAGAAAUUUAGAAGAAGAACAAACUAAACCAUCGAAUGGAGCUAUCAUUGGAGCAGCUGCUGGUGGAGGACUAGCAGGAGUACUGAUAUUAGGAGGCGCUAUUUUUUUUCUCGUUCGAAGAAGACCUUUCACUAAAGGACAAUCCAAAGAAGAUAGGAAUGCAUUAAAGAACGAUCAUGCACUAAAGGGUAUAACAGAACAUGAAGACGACGAUAUCCCAGACGAGGUAGAAAACCCAAUGUAUGUCGGAGCUGGGGAAGCAGCAAACGUUUACUCAAAGCCAGUAAAGAAAACAACAUCUCAGGUUGCCCAAGCCAACCCUGGUGAUAUUUAUGCCGUAGUGGACAAACCGAAAGGGAAAAAGACAAAAGGUAAAACUGCAGCGGGCACAUCAGGACAUUCCAAACAGCUAAACGAUUCACAGGAAACCUAUGAAAAUGCUGGGUUUGUCUCAACUGAACCUUCCAAAGAAAGAAAAAAGAAUGCUGAUGGCCUGAUUUAUGCUGAUUUGGUGUUUGCCAACCCACCUAAGGGUCAAAAGCGUCUUGUGAUCCAUGGGAUUGACGAUAUGACAGAUUACGCAGAUGUGGAUCUGACAAAAAAGGCCGAACCCCUACCUGACAGAGACGAGGAGAAAUAGAUGAGGACAAAAUAAACAAGUUUCCCUUGAAAUUGAAGUUGAUGAGAAUGGAAUCUGAAAGCUUAAAGGAAAUUUAUUGACAAUUGAAAUUAAGUCAAUGCUUAUUGUGUUUUUCAUUUUUUUUUUUAAAUUAUUAAAAAAUGAUUUUUUUAAACUACGACUUCAUACAACUAUUCAUAAAAUAUCCUAUGGUUCCGUUGCUAUUGACCUUAUACAUGCGUUAACAGUGUACAUGUUGAAUGACUUUAUUUGUAUUCCUUAAAUUAGAAUUAAUCGACUAUUUUCAGGCUAGAUACCAUGUUACUCUCAGUCUGGAUAUGUUUCUUGAAACUGAAAUACAUCUAAAUCAGUUUUUGUCGGAAGAGCUUAAAGUAACUGUAUUUAACCCAUUUUACCCAUUAUUUUUGCAUAUGUUGUACUGAAAGUUAACGUGUGUAUUACUUCUUACUAACGUUAGGUUAUUUUAGAAAUCUUGCAAGCUUGUUAACAGUCUCACUUUACCAUUUUGAACUGGGCGCCUUUUUAAUUAAAAGUUUAUGAUGAAACUAUUUUUAUAAUAAAUUUGAGCCUAAAUGUAAGUUACUUAUGCGUUACCUUUGUUUCACGUUUUCUGAGGUUAUUGUUGCUAAAAUAGCAAGAUAAUUAAAUACAAUAAAGCACAAAUACAUACAACCCAAACUUACAUAUGACUUAAAUAAAAGUAAAAAAAGUUUUGUAUAGUGCAGAUGAUUGAUAAACAUGUUUUAAGCAUACGAAACAGUUUUGUAGGUGAUUUAAUAGGGGGUUAAAAUUUUAUUUACAUGUUACUACAAUAUCUCAACAGUUAAUCUUUUCCCAAAAUCACGUCACAAGCAAUGCAAAUCCAAUAGGAAACGAAUUCAAUUGUGUUUAAAAAUAAUUUAAGGUAAACGGCAAUAUUGAUAAGUGAUGGAUUGUUUUUCAUAUAGCCUACGUUUAAUUAUGCAAUUAGUAUAAGAUAACUGUAUACUCUGUAUUUGCUCAUCGUUGUAAACAAUACAAACUUCCAAAUAUCUCAUAUAUUCCAUCUGUUUUACUUGUCAUGUACAUGUAUCACUCACACUCAUUCAAUUCGUAUUCACAACCAAUUCUCGAGAGCCGUUCAAGUAGCCUAGUCGAGCACUCACAAAUUUUCCAAUCACGUAAAACACUUGAGUCUCACUCACACCUGUGAAUACGGAUAUACCUUUCACUCGAAAAUAUCUGAGCCGUUAUGUUAUUACAGAGGAUUAACUCAUUGAGUGUGAGUGAGAGUGGUUGUUCUGAAGUCGGCGCUAUACGUAUGUAAGUAGCGUUUAUAGCUAUCAAUCUGAGGACCUUCAUUUCACAUCCUUUUACGUAGAUUUAAUAUUUUUCGAUCAUUAUCAGACCUACAUUUAUACUUUGAGCUUUCAAAUCUAUCAACCAUGAUAAGACCACAACUUGAACACAAAACAUUUGUUGAAGACUUACAUAAAGGUGUAAAUAACU